CCUUAUAGUCAAUCUCUCUCCCUCUAGAAGAAGAAAAAUUUUGUGUGAGGAAGAAGAAAUGGCAAGCACUGAGCUUAAGAGGCUAGAGGGAAAGGUAGCAUUGAUAACUGGUGGAGCCAGUGGCAUUGGCGAAUGCACGGCAAGAGUUUUUGCCCACCAUGGUGCCAAAGUAGUGAUUGCAGACAUCCAAGACGACCUUGGCCACUCAGUUUGCAAGGUACUUGGCUCCUCCAACUCCCUCUAUGUCCACUGUGACGUCACAGACGAAUCCCACAUAAAAAACGCCAUCCACAAGGCCAUCGAAGCCUUUGGAAAGUUGGACAUCAUGUUCAACAACGCAGGCAUAGCUGACGCCAGCAAACCGCGAAUCAUCGACAAUGAGAAAGAAGAUUUCGAACGAGUGCUCAGCAUAAACGUCACCGGAGUUUUCCUCGGCAUCAAACACGCAGCUCAAGCAAUGAUCCCGACGAGAAGCGGAAGCAUAAUAUCAACUGCAAGUGUGGCCUCAUAUGUUGGAGGUGCAGCCUCACAUGCCUAUACUUGCUCAAAGCACGCUGUGGUUGGGUUAACCAAAAAUGCUGCCGUUGAGUUAGGCCAAUUUGGGAUUAGGGUUAAUUGUUUAUCUCCAUAUGCAUUGGCCACACCUUUGGCUACAAAGUUUGUAGGGUUGGAUAAUGAGGAGUUUGAGAAUUCAAUGAACUCUAAGGCAAAUUUAAAGGGUGUGACGCUUAAAGCUGAAGAUGUGGCCAAUGCAGCUUUGUUUUUGGCAAGCGAUGAAGCGAAGUACGUGAGCGGACACAAUCUAUUGAUCGAUGGAGGUUUUGGCAUCGUUAAUUCGUCUAUUCAAAUAUUUGAAUACCCACAAGUUUAGGUAAAUUUGAUCACUAGCUUUUAUAUGUUUCCUUUUGAAUUAACGAUCGACAGUUUGGCUUGCUUGUUUGCUUUGUUUUGUCUUUUUUUCCUUUCAUGUAGUUUAUGAAAUAAUGGAUUUUGCUCUAAUCAAGAAAUCUACGUUGAUAGGUCUUGAGGAAUCGUUUAA